GCCGUGUGGGUGCGGACCCGCUGGGGCCGGCGCUGUGGGGAGCCCGCGGCGCUCUCACAGCGCCCAAGGGGGGAGCGGCCCCGCUCCGCCACCGCGGCUCUCGGCCUGCCCCGGGGGGGCAGCUGGCUAUGGAUAGGACUGCCGUGGCGAAGAUGGGUGCGGUGGCCAGCGCCAGCGUGUGCGUGCUGGUCGGCGGGGUGGUGCUGGCGCAGUACAUCUUCACCAUGAAGAAGAAGACGGGGAGGAAGACCAAGAUCAUCGAGAUGCCUGCAUGCAAGCCCUGCAUCUCUGGACUCUGCUUGCCACCUAUGCUGUUGCAGUAGGACAAAAUCAAGGACAGAAGAAUCAGGAGUGCCCUAAGCUCAACGCACAGAUGCCAGAGUUCCAGAAGAAGACUGUCCAUAUUAAGGACCCAGGGAGAGUAGAGGAGAUUAUCUGUGGCCUCAUCAAAGGUGGAGCUGCCAAACUUCAGAUUAUUACAGAUUUUGAUAUGACAUUAAGUAGAUUUUCCUACAAUGGAAAAAGAUGUCCAACUUGUCAUAACAUCAUUGAUAACUCCAAGCUCAUCACAGAGGAAUGUCGGAAAAAGUUAUUGCAGCUGAAAGAAACCUAUUAUGCUAUUGAAAUUGAUCCAACUCUCACUAUUGAAGAAAAAUAUCCCUAUAUGGUAGAAUGGUACAAUAAAUCUCAUGCAUUACUCAUUGAACAAGGCUUACAAAAGGAUAAGUUUGCAGAAGUUGUGAGGGAAUCUGAUGUUAUGCUGAAAGAAGGAUACGAGAACUUCUUUGAUAAGCUCAGUGAACACAAUAUUCCCGUGUUCAUAUUUUCUGCUGGGAUUGGGGACAUUCUCGAGGAAGUGAUCCACCAGGCUGGGGUCUACCAUCCCAAUGUCAAAGUGGUUUCCAAUUUCAUGGAUUUUGAUGAAAACGGAAUAUUAAAAGGAUUUAAAGGAGAAUUGAUUCAUGUUUACAACAAACAUGAUGGUGCCUUGAAGAAUACAGAGUACUUCAAACAACUGAAAGACAACAGUAACAUCAUACUGCUGGGUGAUUCUCAAGGAGACUUGAGUAUGGCAGAUGGAGUAGCAAACGUUGAACACAUCCUUAAGAUUGGCUAUCUCAACGAUAAAGUAGAUGAGCUUUUGGAAAAAUACAUGGACUCUUACGAUAUUGUCUUGGUGAAAGAUGAAUCCCUGGAAGUUGCCAACUCCAUCCUACAGAAAAUCCUGUAAACUGCAGUCUCAAGUCACUCCGUUCCUUCCAGGAGGCAACUGGACAGAAGAGCAGCACGUGGCUGCUGUCUUAGAUCACUCAUUUACAGAACUGUUUAAUUUAAUUUAAAACUUUUCUCUUCAUUUUGGUAUUUUGAAAUACACAUGGGUCUCCAUCGUCAACUAGAAGCUCCUUUUACUGCUCUUAUGCUGUUCUUUAUUGUCUCACACUCCAGUGACAACUAGAUUUAAAUUGGGAUUGAUAGAUGUGAUAAACUGCUGCUGAUGGGGUACUAUGGUUCAAUGUCUUUUAAUCAGGCAUUUCAGAGGAGCAUUUUAGACACUGUGGCUAUUUUGUACCAUUGAAGAUGUGAACGUUCUGUGAUUGAGCAGCGUGCCCGUUGGUGUUGCCUUUUCUUCUUUCAAAGAAGAGACUUCAGUCUCAGCUGCACUUUGAAAGAUCUUACUCGUAUGCUACAGACUUUCACACAAGUCUUUCCUACAUCUAUUUUUCAUCAGUAAAAAUGCUUUAUUCACCCAA